CAUGGCGCAGAAGCGCUCGCGGUGCAAGGGGUCCGAUGAGCUGGAGGCCGCGCUGAUCAAUCACUUCAAGGAGGCGGAUGAGCUGGACUACCCGCAUGGGCUCGCAGACGACUGCGACCCUGACGUGUUGAGCGAGUGGGAGGACAUGCUCUUGGACGUCCGCAGAGCCAUGUGCCCUCACAUGGCCAUAUCGCAGUCGAAGGCCAUCCAACUCUUCGAGAAGGUCCUCGAGGAGAACGGUGCUGCGUGGGCCCUCGGUGACGAGGAGAAGGACUGGACGACGUCCAUGGCGAAGAUGCUUCGCGCCAUGUUGAGGCACGUCCAGCAAGCGGUGCUGAAGAACAUGAAGCGCGAGGGGCGCUAUCCCGACUCCUGCGCGUGGGUGCAGCCCUUCGUUGAGCAGAUGAAGAAGCUCGACGCGGCGAAGGAGCCGACGUACAUGUACUCUGUUGACAUGGUCACCAAGAGAGCGUACCGCCUGGACCAGAGCAUUGCCAACCCAGCGCCAGAGUACGCCAUGCCGCUCCAGGACGACCCCCUGGCCGCCGACCACGACGAGGUGAUCGCCAAGUUCAGGGGCGGCGCCAGCGCGGUCAUCGCGGGCCAUGUGUACAAGACCAUCAGGGAGUGGAAGCAGUUGGACAAUGGUGGCAAGUGCCAGAAAGGUAGCAACAUUAUCGUCGAGCUGGUCAGUGGCACGUCCAAGUUCCAGCUGAGCAAGUGGACGAGGAAUGGCAGCCCCGAGAUGGGGAUCUGGGAGAUUCCGAAGCAGGGCAAGAAACGCAUGAUCGUCAACUUCGUGCCCCACGCGGGCAUGGUUGGGCAUGAGGAGAUGCUGGAGAAGCAGGCAAGACUGCUGGCGGCUGGGAAGACCACCAAGGAGGAGAUCGAGGUGAUCAAGCGCGCAUUCAUCAAGAAAUUCAAGGAUGAUCAGAAGGAGACCGAUACGGCGAACGUCUGCCCCAUGAGACGACCAGCAGCGGCCGCGGCAAAGAAGACGAGCAGCGCCGCCAAGAAGCCCAAGCAGGUCGUUGAUCAGGGCCUUGAUGAUUUCGACGGCGACGAAGAUGCCGACGAACUUGCCGAUGUGGAAGGCUCACAGGACGACGACCAAGAAGAUGCAUCCGAGCAGGCAGACGAGUCGGCGGGGAUGUCCAACGAUGAGAAGAGCGACCACGCGGGCGGCAGGGGCGGCAAGGGCGACGAGGCCGGCACGGGCAGCAGGGGUGGCAAGCGUCACAAAUUAGACUCGACCACCAUCGCCGAUGUCAAGGCUGGCAUGCUGAAGCGACCUGCAGCAUCAGGCACCAGGGCCGCCGCGGGCGACCUGCCCCGCGGCGCCGCCGACGCUGGCCCAGGCGAUGUUGAGAUGGAGAUCUUCGGGUCUGGUGGCGGGCUCUUCGGCGCCAUGUCGAGCUUCAG